AUGGCUGCUGCUGCUGCUGCUUCUUCUUCGCCUUCUCAGGGGCGCUAUGAUGUGUUCCUGAGCUUUAGAGGGGAAGAUACCCGCAAUAACUUCACUGCCCAUCUCUGUGAGGAGUUGCGCACCAAAGGAAUCAACACUUUCAUAGACGAGGAGAAGCUCGAGAGAGGGCAAGCCGUAUCUGCUGCACUUGUUUCUGCUAUUGAAAACUCCAUGUUUUCUAUCAUUGUUUUAUCAGAAAAUUAUGCAUCUUCUAGAUGGUGUUUAGAGGAGCUGGUGAAGAUAAUACAGUGCAUGAAAAACAGCGGACACAGGGUUCUCCCAAUUUUCUACAACGUCGAUCCCUCGGAUGUGAGAAAUCACAUGGGAAAAUUUGGAGAAGCCUUGGCUAAACAUGAAGAGAAUUCCAAGGAGGUUAUGGAGAGGGUGCAGAUUUGGAAGGAUGCUCUCACUCAAGUCACCAAUUUCUCUGGUUGGGAUUCAAGGAAUAAGAAUGAGUCUCUAUUGAUCAAGCAAAUUGUCAAAGAUAUUUUGAAUAAAUUGUUAUCUACAUCCGGUAGUGAUACUGAGAAUCUAGUUGGAAUAGAUGCUCGCAUACAAGAAAUGGAAACCUUAUUAUGUUUGGCGUCAGAUGAUGUUCGAAUGGUAGGAAUAUGGGGCAUGGGUGGAAUAGGGAAAACAACCCUUGUCAGAGCUGUUUAUAGUCGAAUCUCCUAUCAAUUUGAAGGUUGCUCCUUUCUUGAAAAUGUUGCAGAGGAUUUAAAAAAGAAGGGCUUAAUUGGGUUGCAAGAGAAACUUCUUUCUCAUCUAUUAGAGGAAGAAAAUCUAAAUAUGAAAGAACUCACAUCUAUAAAGGCAAGGCUCUACUCAAAAAAGGUCCUUAUUAUUCUCGAUAACGUGAAUGAUCCAACAAUAUUGGAAUGCUUAAUUGGAAAUCGGGAUUGGUUUGAUCGAGGAAGUAGAAUUAUUAUAACGACUAGGGAUAAACGUUUAUUACUUUCACAUAAAGUCAAUCUUUAUAAGGUUCAUAAAUUCAAUGAUGAUGAAGCUCUUGAGUUCCUUGCACGUUAUUCACUAAAACAAGAACUCCUUCGAGAAGAUUUCCUAGAGAUUUCAAGAGCUGUAAUAUGUUAUGCUCAAGGCCUUCCAUUGGCUCUUACGGUUUUGGGUUCUUUUUUAUUUAGCAUGAGCAAAGAAGAAUGGAGAGAUCAAUUAGACAAAUUAAAAAGUAUUCCUAAUAUGAAAAUUCAUGAAGUUCUUAAAAUAAGUUAUGAUGGGCUAGAUUUUGAGGAGAAGAAUAUAUUUUUGGAUAUUGCAUGUUUCCUUAAAGGAGAGGAUAAAAAUUACGUUAAGGAAAUACUAGACUAUUGUGGCUUCUUCUCAGUUAGUGGUAUACGAGCUCUCGCUGAUAAGUCACUCAUAAGUUUUUUUCACAAUAGGAUAAUGAUGCAUGACUUAAUACAAGAAAUGGGUAUGGAAAUUGUUCGCCAAGAAUCUCAUAAUCCCGGCCAGCGUAGUAGAUUGUGGCUCCAUAAAGAUAUCAACGAUGCAUUGAAAAAAAACACGGAAAAUGAAAAAAUUGAAGGCAUAUUCCUCGACUUGUCUCAUUCACAAGAGAUAAUAGACUCCAGUACUCAAGCCUUCCCAAGGAUGUAUAAACUAAGAUUGCUCAAAGUCUAUGAAUCUAACAAAAUUUCAAGAAACUUUGGAGAUACCUUAAAUAAGGAGAAUUGUAAAGUGCAUUUUUCUCCAAACUUAAGAUUUUGUUACGACGAAUUGAGGUACUUAUAUUUGUAUGGAUACUCUUUGAAAUCAUUGGACAAUGAUUUCAAUGCAAAGAAUCUUGUUCACCUCAGCAUGCAUUACAGUCACAUUAAACGACUUUGGAAAGGAAUCAAGGUUCUUGAAAAGUUAAAAGUCAUGGAUCUCAGUCACUCCAAGUCCUUAAUAGAAACCCCAGAUUUCUCAAGAGUCCCCAACCUUGAACGAUUGGUUCUCGAAGGUUGUAUAUCUUUGCAUAAGGUACAUCCGUCUCUUGGAGUUUUGAAUAAACUCAAUUUCUUGAGUUUGAAAAAUUGUGAAAAGCUCAAAAGUCUUCCAAGCAGCAUGUGUGAUUUGAAAUCCCUCGAAACAUUUAUUCUUUCUGGUUGUUCGAGACUCGAUGAUUUUCCUGAGAACUUUGGGAACUUAGAAAUGUUAAAGGAACUUCACGCAGAUGGUAUUCCUGUAAGAGUACUACCCUCCUCUUUUUCGCUCUUGAGAAACCUUGAAAUAUUAUCCUUUAAGGGAUGUAGAGGACCCCCAUCUACCUCAUGGUUGUUGCCAAGAAGAAGUUCAAGUUCUACUGGUUCCAUAUUGCAUCAUUUGUCAGGUUUAUAUUCUUUAACAAGGCUAAACCUAGGUUAUUGUAAUUUAUCAGAUGAAACAAACCUUAGUAGUCUUUGCCUCUUAUCUUCAUUGGAAGUGUUAGAUCUAUCUGGGAACAACUUUGUUACUUUGCCAAACAUCAGGGACUUUCUAGCCUAG